AUGCCACAUAAACUCCAAGUCCACAAAUUCUGCAACGAGCAAACCGAGACAGCAAAGCUUAUCGGCGCUAUCAACACACUUGUUGUAAAAAACAAUGGAAGUCAGCGUACAAUCACUGGCGACAACACCGACUGGUCGGGUUUGUACAGCAUCAUCGCUGCCCACACUACGAAAACACAACAGCCCAAUAUUGGACUAGUGAUUGGGGCUGGAGGAGCUUCGCGAGCUGCGCUGUAUGCCAUGCACAGAGCGGGGGUAAAGACUAUCUAUCUCGUCAACCGAACACUUGGAACAGCCGAGAAAGUCAAAGAAGAUUUCAGGCAGGCGUUUGAAAUCAACAUUGUUGCAAGUCUUGCCGAUCUUCCCGAGAAACCAGAUGUCAUCAUUGGCACAGUCCCUGCAGAUACCACGUCGGAGGAUCAGUUCACUCCGCUGUUCGGGUCACGGGGUCUUUGCAUCGAUAUGUCGUACAAGCCACGACAGACGCCGCUCUUGACGGCAGCACAAAGGCAUCAUGGGUGGGACACGGUGACGGGUGUGGAGGUGCUACUUGCGCAGGCAUUUGACCAGUUUCUUCUUUGGACGGGACUGAAACCGCCUAGGGAUAUUAUGGAGGAGGCCAUUGUUGCGCUGGAUAAGGAGAGGGCAGCUAUAGCUAAAGGUGGCAUGCUUUGA